AAGCAGAAACACAGGCCAGUCCUGAUGGCAGGCUCUCGGGGCUCAGCCAGCACUGGACACUGGCUCUAGGAGCCCACGGGGCCCUCGCUUCAACCAGGAACAUUUCACAGGACGUGUGCCCAUGAGGUCGUCGACGCUGGUCCUGCUCUUCCUGAUCAGCGUCCAGGCUGCACUCCACACGAGGGGCCACAAGGUCCAGGCACAAGGUCCAGCCAAUCAGAACGCAGGAAUGGAGCACUCGCCCAAGCCUUCUUCUGGACACUCCCAGAAAAGCCACGAUGACCUCAUCCCAACCGUCGACCCCAAACUCUUCAACAAACGGCGCUACCGAUCACCCCGCGUCCUCUUCAGCGACGUGGCCCCGUCCGACAGCGAACCGGCGGGACCCAGAGGCUCCCGGGUCCGGCGGAGGGCCGGCGAGUUCCUGCACCGCGGUGAAUAUUCGGUGUGUGACAGCGAGAACCGCUGGGUGGGCAACCUGACCCGCGCCACGGACGUAGCGGGCAACGAGGUCACGGUGCUCCCCGACGUCCGCAUAAACGAGGUGGUGAAGAAGCAGUUUUUCUACGAGACGACGUGCCGCGUCAACAAGGUGAGCGGCGCCCCCCGGGGGCGUGGAGCCAGCGGGAUAAAGGCGGGAACCUCCGGGUGCCGAGGAAUUGACAACAAGCACUGGAACUCGUACUGCACCAACACGCACACGUACGUGCGAGCGCUAACGUCCUUCAAGAACCAGAUCGCGUGGAGGCUCAUCCGCAUCAACGCGGCGUGCGUCUGCGUGCUGAGCCGGAAGUCGUGGAGGCACUGACCGGUCGAUCGAGCGAUUGAUUGUUUGAUUGAUUGAUCGAUUGAUUUGUCGCUCAACAAACCUCCAUCUGAAGCCUCACCCAAUCAACCUUUCCCCCUUCAAACAAAAUAACAAUCAAUAUACUGCCAAUACAGUGUACCAGACUCCUCCCCCUGUAUCUCCACCCGACACCCCCGACCCAGCCCUGUCCUACCCUACCUCACACUGUAAAUUAUUGGUCUUUUAAGUUAUGAUGACUGCAUGACAUAUUUAUAUAGUUUAUACAGUCAAAAAUAUAAAUAUCUAUGUGUAUAUACAGUAUACAUAAAGAAAUGCAAGCUUAUGAUGUGUUGUUGGUUAUGCUGUUAUUUAUUAAACACUUCAGUACUUCAGUGCAAAACGUC